UCUCUCUCACUCUAAACUCUAAAGCUCCAGCAGGAGAAACUCCAGUAAACAUACAGUGUUCCUUUCCUUUCUCUCUCUACAGAAAAACCCUCCGAGUUGUCCUCUCUCUCCUCAUUCAUUCAAGGUACAAACCCACGUAGAGAGGAAGCUUGUAUGCAUGCAUGUAUAGGUGGAAUGGAGAUUUCAUCUUUGUGGAUUUUCAUUUCUUUUUAGGCAGGGUUGGUUAUUGAGCGUAAGCGAGCAUGUCGUCUUUGGAAAAAGAUCUGUUGUUUUCGAUACAUCAGUUUCUUCAUGAAAAGAAUUUCAAAAGAACUGUUCACACAUUGGAACAAGAGUCAGGAAUCUUCUUCAGUAUGCCCUAUUUCCAGGACAGGGUAACCAAUGGGGAUUGGGAUGAGGUGGAAAAUUACUUAUCUGGGUUCACAAAGCUUAAGGAUAACACAAAUUCCACGAAUAUCUUCACAGUGAUCCAACAUCAUAAGAACUUAGAAGCCCAGGACAGGGAGGAUGAGAAAGUAUCCAGAGAGCUAAUUAACGCUAGGGGCUAUAUGUUUGCCUAUGUUAAGAAGCUUAUAGAAGCAAACCCUGUGUUUCGUGAUAAGCUGAAGCUCCCCAUCUUCAAUCCCUCAACAUUGAGACUAAGUUUGAACUUGCAGAAUCAUUUGGCUGCUGUUCCAACUUCACAGUCCACUAGUGCCAUAACUAGUCUGCUUCAGGGUGCUGUUCCUAAGCCUGCGGAAUUCCCAACUCCAUUUCGAGCUCAAGGUCCUCUGCCAACUUCUCCCUUGGGAUGUGUGACUAAUGCACCAUCGGCUCCCCAACCUUCAGCUAGUUAUCCAUCUUCAGUUCCUCACCCUUCAGCUUCUGCAUGUCCAAUUGGUUUCAACACCCAAAACAAUUCUGAUGUUUUGAAGCAUCCUACAACUCCUAAAAAUAAACCAGCUGUAGACAUCCAAAACGAUCACUCUGAACUACUCUUGAAGGGAACAAAACGAUUGGAAAUGUCUAAUGAAUUUAUGCUUUCAACUCCUGCGAUAAGUACAAUUGAUGAUGUUAAUGCUUCUUCUGGAUCAAAUAUUGAGGAUAGAGUUUCUCCAGUAGCACCCACAGUUUCAAUGAAUGAAAAUAGGCAAAAUUUGAAAGAUGGGAAGCCUACAAUUGCAGGUGAGUCCUCUGUGAAAUCUAGAUCGCGGGAACUGAUAGAUGCAAAUGAGCCAUCAAAAUGUCGUAUACUGAGACUUCCAGAUAGUUUGGUGGCGAUGAGGGUUUCAAGAUUGAUGUAUACCAAUUCAGGAUCUGCCAUACUGGCUCUAUAUGUUAAUGCUGUACAUAAACUCUGGAAAUGGCCAGAGAAUGACAGUAAUUCAAUGGGGAAGGAGUUUUCUUUAAAAACUUUCUUAUAG